AUAGUAGAAUGAUAAUGCAACAGUAUUGCAGAUGAGUAGACAUAAAAAUUUAGCAUACUUAGAAAAUAAAGUAAUGAGGUGUAUCAUGAGCUUGGCAAAAUAAUUCAUAUCGGAUUGAAUAUUUAAUUAUGUUGGUGUUUUCUUCGCUUCGUUAAAUCUUUCCGAUCAGCUUUUUAGUGUCCACUGAUAUCAAUUGAUUACCUCUUGACACUAAAGACUUAAGAAAGAAAGAUAACUAUUAUAAAAGUGUGGCUGGAAUUAUCGUCUUCUAUUUUCAUCGACUUAAAGAUGUAUGAAUCUAAAGUCAUGUUUAGUAUGUUAUAAUUGUGAUUAGAACGAAUAAAAUACAAUAAGACGGGAAUGUCUCACCAGUGAUACAUCAAGGAAGGAAGGAAGGAAAAAUAUGAAAGACUGAAGAAUGACUUUAUGUUAUGUAGUCGGUUACAUCACCAUUAGAAAACAUAACGAAAUGAAUUAUAUUUGUAUUUAAUGAGCACUAAAUUGACACUAUGGAGGAGAAAAUGUGUGUGAAUCAUGCUCGUGAUGAAACACAACCUGAUAGUAAAAUUGUAUCUCACUUGACACAAGAAAAAAUACGACACAAACCAUACACCUGCGACAUCUGUUUAAAAGCAUUCUCUCAGAAUGGACUUUUGACUAAUCACAAACGGAUUCACACAGGUGAAAGACCAUACCAAUGUGAUAUCUGUGGUAAAACAUUCCCACAGCGUAAUAAAUUAACAAGCCAUAAAGCUAUUCACUCAGGUGAGAAACAUGACUGUGAUAUUUGCAGUAAAUCGUUCUCUCGGAAAGAAUACCUAGCACUUCACAAACGUGUUCAUACAGGUGAGAAACCAUAUCACUGUGAUAUCUGCGAUAAGUCAUUCUCUCGGAAGGAACAUUUAACUCUCCACUUACGUAUUCACACAGGUGAGAAACCAUAUCAUUGUGAUAUCUGUGAUAAAUCAUUUGCUCGAAAAGAACUAUUGAUUAGCCACAAGCGUAUCCAUACAGGUGAGAAACCGUAUCGCUGUGAUGUUUGUGGUAAGACGUUCUCCCGAAAAGAUCAAUUGAUCAGACACAUCCGUAUUCAUACAGGUGAGAAACCAUAUCACUGUGAUAUUUGUGGCAAAGCAUUCUCACACAAGAGCAACUUAACUCUGCAUCAACGGACUCGCAUAUGUGAGGAAGCAUACAACUGAUAUCUCACAUAAGACAGCAUUUUAAAGUGCUAACAGAAUUUUUUCUACACAAAAUGUUAAUUUCAGAAUAAAGUUUAAAUUGUAAUAAUAAAAUACUUGAUAAA